AUGCCUCCUAAAAGUACCCCCAAUUCCACUUUCAAGAAUCGGGAAAAACCGCAGGAAGUGCGCAAGGCCAAUAUCAUCGCGGCCCGAGCUGUUGCGGAUGCGAUCCGUACUUCUUUGGGUCCCAAGGGUAUGGACAAGAUGAUAAAAACGGCGCGCGGAGAAGUUAUCAUUUCCAAUGAUGGGCAUACAAUUCUUAAACAGAUGGCAAUUCUACACCCUGUGGCCAAAAUGCUGGUAGAAGUUUCUGCGGCACAAGACACUGAGGCGGGUGACGGUACAACAUCGGUAGUCAUCCUAACAGGUGCUCUUUUGGGCGCUGCAGAAAAGCUUCUGAACAAAGGUGUUCAUCCAACAAUUAUCGCAGAAUCGUUCCAAAGAGCCGCCGAACGGUGCGUUGAGAUAUUGCUAGAUAUGUCCCAAAAAAUCUCGCUCAAUGACAAACAAGCUCUAGUGCGCGCAGCUGCCACGUCGCUAAGCUCCAAGAUAGUGUCGCAACACUCGUCAUUCUUGGCUCCUCUGGCUGUAGACUGUGUUUUGAACAUCAUCAACGAGGACAGCAGAAACGUUGAUCUCUCCGAUAUACGCUUGAUCAAGAAGGUCGGCGGUACGAUCGAUGAUACAGAGAUGGUAGACGGUGUGGUAUUAACUCAAAACGUGGUGAAAACUGCCGGCGGUCCCACCAGAAUUGAAAAGGCCCGUAUUGGCUUGAUUCAGUUUCAAAUAUCUCCCCCUAAACCAGACACGGAAAAUAACAUUGUAGUAAAUGACUACAGACAGAUGGAUAAGAUUCUGAAGGAGGAGCGCGCGUACCUACUGAAUAUUUGCAAAAAGGUCAAGAAAGCCAAAUGUAAUGUACUUCUAAUCCAAAAGUCCAUUCUAAGAGACGCAGUUAACGACUUGGCUCUACACUUUUUGUCUAAGUUGGGGAUCAUGGUCAUAAAAGAUGUCGAAAGGGAUGAGGUCGAAUUUUUGUCCAAGAGCUUGAAUUGCAAACCCAUUUCAGAUCCAGAAUUUUUCACGGAAGAUCGCCUAGGGUCUGCUGAUCUCAUUGAAGAGAUAGAUAGUGAUGGGUCAAAGAUUGUGAAGAUUACUGGUGUGAAAUCAAGCACUGCUAGUCCAACUGUUUCCGUUAUUAUUCGCGGUGCUAAUAACGUCAUUUUAGAUGAAACAGAAAGAUCUCUACAUGAUGCACUUUGUGUGAUCCGCUGUCUGGUCAAAGAAAGAGCUUUGAUUGCUGGUGGUGGUGCUCCCGAAAUCGAGGCAUCUCGCACGCUAACCAAAGAGGCAAGAAGCCUACAAGGCGUUGAAUCUUUUGUGUGGCAAGAAUUUGCAUCUGCGCUCGAGGUCAUUCCAACCACUUUGGCCGAAAAUGCCGGACUUUAUAGUAUAAAAGUGGUCACUGAGCUACGUACCCUGCAUGAAAAUGGUGAGAAGAACGCCGGGAUCUCAAUUCGCAGGUCGGGUACUACAAACACUUUCGAUGAGCACGUUCUACAGCCAGUUUUGGUGAGUACUAGCGCCAUCACUCUAGCAUCGGAAUGUGUGAAAUCAAUCUUGAGAAUUGAUGACAUCACGUUUAGUCGUUAA